GUCAACAUUUUGCUUCAAAAGAAACCUUCUGCAUUAUUGGGAUGCUGUCUAUUCAACUCUGUGCUACCACUCUACCAGAUAUUUUUGGGACACCCUUGUGGUGCUCAUGAGUCUUCACUUAGUGAUCCUUGAUGCUAGAAAGACUCACGUGCCUGGAAGAAAUUUAUAUCAUGGACUUUCAGGUUUGUUAUAAGGAUAUUGCUCUUUGCAUGACGGACAAAUUGGCUGUGUAGACAAUUCUAUUUGAUUUUCGUAUAAAUCCUUCUUUGAGGACUUCUAGUGAGGGAGAGAGAAAUACCGAUAUUUCACAUGUGCUGCCUUCCUGUUUUUGUACACGGUGGAGAUUUCACAAAGAAGGGAAUUCUGUGGCCUGUGAUUCUCUCCGGGAAAAUCAGAUAUGCCAUAUAGGUUCUCCUCAGAGGACUGCGAAGCUUAUUGAUGAUUAUCUUAAGUACAAAACGGUGACCAUGCAAUACUUUAACAAGUUGAUGGCCCUUGUUUUCAUGCUUGGCUUCUAUUUUUCCCGCACCACCGUUGCUCAGACUUCCACUGUUGUUGUUCCGUCGAAUCGCCCAGACUCUUGGGUCAUUUCCAAAAUGAUGCAAAGUAAAAUAUACAUGGACAAAAGCAACACUUAUAUUCUUCCUGUUCUCUACAACAGUGGAAUGUCGUAUGAAGCUUAUUUUGGCUUCUAUACCAUGGAUGGUGAUUCAUUUAUUCUCGUUGUAGCGUUUUCGGUUUCGGGGCCCCAAGAUCCUGUAAUCUGGUCUGCUAACCCUGACAAUCCUGUAAGCCAGGUCGCCGUCUUGAGCUUCACCACGGAAGGGGAUUUGCUCCUCCAAGAUGGUGGCAGGUUCAUCUGGUCCGCAGCCACGAAGAACAUGUCAGUCGCAGGCAUGAGUCUUGAUCUUUCAGGAAACCUUGUGCUUUUUGAUCGGAAUAAAUCCUCAGUCUGGCAGUCUUUUGACCACCCAACAAAUACUUUGGUCAUGGGGCAGUCACUUUGUAGGGGAAUGAAUCUUACUGCGAAGCCAUCGGAAACAAAAUGGUCAUCUUCCAGGUUUUAUCUUUUUGCAGAGUGGAAUGGGCUGCGCCACUCUUUCAGUCCGGCAGCAUACACACAGCUAUUCCAAACUACAGCGACAACAACUUCUAGCCCAUCAACAUGCUACACGUUUGUCAAUGGAAGCCUGGGGUUCCCAGAUAAGAUCUUCUCAUUACCGUCAGCAAGUUCAUUGCAGUUCUUGAGGUUAGAAUCUGACGGGCAUUUGAGACUUUAUGAGAUGCAAGGGCCUAACUCACCCCGGAUGUUGUUGGAUGUAUUAAGCACAGUCCUUGCCUUCUGCGAUUACCCGUUGGCCUGUGGGGAUUACGGUGUCUGCAAUAGUGGGCAAUGUUCUUGUCCUAGUUUGAGCACUUUUAUGUUCCGAAAUGAAAGGCUUCCAGGUGCUGGAUGCAUGCCCUUGUCAAGCAUCUCCUGCAAACAUGCUCAGAACAAUAAGUUGAUACCACUCAACAACAUUUCUUACUUUAGCUACAGUUUGUUUUUAAAACUAGCUGUUCCAGGUUAUUCAGAAAAUGACUGCAAGCAAUCUUGUUUAACGAAUUGCUCUUGCAAAGUAGUGAUUUUUAAUUCUGGUAUAGGUGCUGGAUCCUGCUUAUUGUUAUCAGAGCAGAUGCUAAUUUUGUUUGCAGAGGAUUCAUCAAAUCUCUUCUCAGCAUUUGUUAAGAUACAGGAUAACCUCCCAGAAAAAAGGAGGGCGAUUAUUAUUGUCUGCUCCACAGUUGCUGGUUUUUCUCUAGUAUCAAUAUUAGUUUGUGCUGUCAUAUGGAAUAAGUGCAAGAAAGACAAGGAACCUUUCUUUGAUGGCAUACCUGGGACACCAAAGCGUUUCUCCUUUGAUGAGUUGAAGGUGGCUACCUGGAACUUCACUAUAAAGCUGGGACAUGGUGGUUUCGGAUCGGUCUUCAAAGGCAUGAUAGGGAAGGAAACCAUUGCUGUCAAACGCUUGGAGGGUGUUGAACAAGGAACAGAAGAGUUCUUGGCAGAGGUCAAGACGAUUGGUAGAAUGCAUCACCUUAACCUUGUUAGGUUAGUAGGAUUUUGUGCUGAGAAGUCACAUAAGCUUCUUGUCUAUGAGUACUUGUCAAAUGGCUCACUGGAUAAAUGGAUUUUCCACACAAAUCCAGUUUUCACUCUUUCUUGGAGAACUAGACGUAGCAUCAUCAUUGCAAUUGCUAGGGGUUUGUCUUACCUCCAUGAAGAAUGCAAGGAAAAGAUUGCACAUUUAGACAUCAAGCCACAAAAUAUUCUCCUGGAUGAUAAAUUCAAUGCAAAACUCUCAGAUUUCGGUCUUUCAAAGAUGAUAAACAGGGACCAGAGCAAAGUAAUGACCAGAAUGCGAGGCACGCGUGGUUAUCUAGCACCUGAAUGGCUGGGCUCAAAAAUCACUGAGAAGGCUGACAUCUACAGCUUUGGAAUUGUGAUGAUCGAAAUCAUUUGUGGUCGGGAAAAUUUGGAUGAAUCAGAGCCCGAGGAGAGCAUACACUUGAUAAGCCUGCUUCAAGAGAAAGCAAGGUCCGGUGAGCUGUCUGAUUUGGUGGACAGUAGCAGCAAUGACAUGAAAUCCCAUAUGGAGGAGGUCAUGCAAACAAUGAAGCUUGCAAUGUGGUGCUUGCAGGUUGAUAGUAGCAGAAGGCCUUUGAUGUCCACUGUCGCCAAGGUGUUGGAAGGUGUGAGGAGCUUGGAUGACACACCUGACUGCACUUUUCUCCCAAGUUUUGCAUCAAGCAACAUCGGUAUAGUGGGAUCAUGUUCUUCCUAUGUGCCUGGCGAGUCACAUUUAUCAGGACCUAGGUGAUAUCUGAUAAAGUGUCUGUUCACCUUUGGUUUGGUUGCUAUUUUUCAUUUUAACAUAUGUCUUAUUGUACCGGAUAAAGAAAUUGUGGAUCAGAUCAUAUGGAUGUGGCAUACUGUUCUCUCUCGCAUGCCCAUAAUACUGUCAAAUGCCAUAAAAACUAGUGAGAUUGAUGGAUUAAUUUUA